AUAGUGAAAAAUGGAGCCUAAAGCAAGAUUCUUUUUUGCUUGUUUUUUAGCUACAUGGGUUCUGAAAAUUGAAGGUGAAGAAGUGAUAGAUGUGUCACCUUGUGACUUCCCUGCAAUUUACAACUUUGGAGACUCCAACUCAGAUACCGGUGGCGGAUCAGCUGCGUUUUACCCGAUGGCACCUCCCUGCGGCGAAACUUUCUUCCACAGACCAGCUGGGAGGGGUUGUGAUGGUCGCCUACUAAUAGAUUUCAUUGCAAAACACCUUGGAUUGCCUUACUUGAGCCCAUACUUGGACUCAAUUGGAGCAAAUUUCAGGCAUGGUGCUAAUUUUGCCACAGGAGGAUCAACCAUAAGGCGUCAAAAUGAAUCUUUUUUUCUUAAUGGCGUGAGCCCCUUUUCUCUUGACAUCCAAGUUGCGCAGUUUACACAGUUCAAGUCGCGAACCGGCUGGUUUUACAACCAAGACAAGAAAAGCUCUAACAGAAGCAAUCUGCCGAGACCGGAGGACUUCUCAAAGGCUCUAUACAUAUUUGAUAUUGGCCAAAAUGAUCUUGCCGCAGGGUUCAGGACAAUGACUAAUGAGAAGUUAAAAGCAGAAAUCCCUGAUAUAAUCAACCAGUUUGCCACAGCCAUCCAAAACCUGUACCAACAAGGAGCAAGGGCAUUUUGGAUACAUAACACCGGCCCUAUUGGUUGCUUGGCAGUGACACUGCAUUACCUCCACGAUCCACUCCCCACCGGCUACGUUGACCAUCUUGGCUGUGUCAAGUUUCAAAACGACAUGGCAAGAGAGUUCAACCGGCAACUCAAGCUCAGAGUCAACGACUUAAGGGAAGAGCUCCCUCUUGCCACAUUAACAUACGUCGAUUUGUACGCUGCAAAAUACGAACUGCUCGCCAAUGCAAAGCAACAAGGAUUUUUGGACAAGGCAAGUAUAUGUUGCGGUUAUCACGAAGAUAAUGAUCAUGUGUGGUGUGGGAACAAGGGAAAAAUAAAUGGUAGUGAGAUUUAUGCAGGAUCAUGUGAAGAUCCUUCAUUGUACAUUAGCUGGGAUGGUGUGCACUACACUGAGGCUGCAAACCGUUGGAUUGCUAAUGAUAUCAGAAAUGGAACAUUCUCGGAGCCUCAGGUUCCAAUCACAAAUGCUUGUUAUAGGCACUGACAUUUUCUGAUCAGUGAUCACCCUCUUUUGGAUGUUUUUAAAUCUCUACGUUGAUAGUCUUCAAAAAAAAUCUCUCCAUUGAUAUGGGAGGAAAAAAAAAAAGGGCACUAAAGGAAAAUUGAUCAAGUUGGCAAACAGGCCCAGAAGUGCAUCAAUAUAGUGGCAAUCAGAGUAACAUUUUGAUGGCGUUCAAAAGAGUUUUAUGUGUUUUGCGAAUAAAAAAGAAUUUUUUUGGUUGGUAAUUGACAAUCAAAUUUGAUACAGCGGCGUGUCAAUGAUUGAGAGAGUCCAACAAGGGA